UUUAGGAUACACCUUUUCAUUCGGAUCCGAAUUAGGCCCAUUGCAAUUUGGGCCAACUCCGCUACAGAUAGAAAAAGAAACCCCGAGACUGGAGAAAAAAGUUGCCGGGAAGAAUUUCUAAGAAGCAGAAAUUCUGUUUCUUGUUCAGUUUUCUCAAACCCACGAUGAAGUGCCAGAGAUUCCUAUCGAUCCCAAUCUUCGCUGUGCUUCUGUUGAUGGGUUUCAUCUGUUACAUCACGGUCUUUAUUUUCAUCGACGAUUGGGUUGGGUUGCAGAGCUCUGCUGGUUAUCUGAACGUUCUGAUCUUCACUGUCUUGGCCUCUCUUUGCCUCUUCUCUUUCUCUUCUUGUGUUCUCAUCGACCCAGGUUACACCCCAGCUUCAUAUAUCCCUGAUGUUGAAGAUAGUGGAGUCUCUGAUCAGGAGCCCAAGAAAAAUGUUAUACAAUCAAGGUGUUGUGACAAGUGUUCAACAUACAAGCCUCCUAGGGCUCAUCAUUGCCGGGUCUGCAGAAGGUGUGUUUUAAGGAUGGAUCAUCACUGUCUGUGGGUCAAUAACUGUGUCGGUUAUUGGAACUACAAAGCCUUCUUUACGCUAGUCUUAUAUGCAACAAUAGGAAGCUUGUAUUCUACAACCAUCAUUAUAACUUGUGCUUUGCAAAAGGACUGGGAAUUCAGUGGAAGUGGGAGCCUCAAAGUCUUUUAUGUUACAUGUGCAGCAACGAUGGCUGCCUUGACCUUAACGCUUGGAACUCUUCUAGGAUGGCAUGUUUACCUCGUCAUCCGUAAUAUGACAACUAUAGAGUAUUAUGAAGCAAUACGGACUGCAUGGCUGGCUAGGAAAUCUGGGCAGAGCUACAGACAUCCAUACAACCAAAGUGUCUACAAAAACAUUACUUCGGUCUUGGGUCCAAAUAUGCUGAAAUGGUUAUGGCCUGUAGCAGUAAGUCAUCUAAAAGAUGGACUUGUCUUCCCUACUCCGCGUGAUAAUUCGUAAGUCCUCUUCUUCCUCUGCUCAAAAUCAAUUUUGGUGGCUCAAGUGCUACUCAAGUGUACAAAGAAUGUGAAGCAUGUUGAUCUACUAACGUCUCUCAGUAUCAGAAGAUUCUAGGACUAGAGCAGCCAAGUGGAAGAUGCUGGAUAUAAUCAAACAGUUGCUACCUGUUGAAAUCAAGUAGAACCUAGUCAACUAACAAUUGAUCAACAAAAUGCCCCAUCCCACCCCACCCGUCUUUUGUUUCUGUUUCUGUUUUUUUUAUUUUUUAUUUUUUUUGGGUUUUUCUGGUUUCUUUUGGCAAUUUGAAAUAGAUGUGUAAAUCAGAUAUUUUGCAACCGACGACAACUGCAAACCACAUAUUAAAGCCAGGACGAACUAGGCCAGUUCAUCCGAAAAGGAUUCUAGCCAUUCUUGUCUAUAUUGAUGAUAAAGAGCUUCCAGUUUGUCAUAUUGAUUAAAAUAGCCAAGAAUGUAUUAUUCUUACUGUUCUGGUCCCCUGCUGUUGUCAUUUUCUCAUCAAGAAAUAAGGAUUUCUUUCAA